AUGGGUAAUUAUCAAGUACAAGCUCUACAAUGUGUAUCCACACCUAUUCCGCCAUACAAUUCCCAAAAUCCUAAAUUGUGGUUUCUACAAGUUGAAAGUGGCUUCAAAUCUACAUGGAUCAGUGACGACAAGACUAAGUACCAUAUCCUUGUCAGUCGCCUAGAGCCAAGCAUAGCUGAGUUAGUUCAAGAUGUUUUGGAAAACAAAAUGACAGAAUAUAAUGAAUUGAAGAAAAGGAUAAUUGCUGUUCAAGAAACAAAGAAUGUACUAGAAAAACAAGUAGUUGGUGCUCGUAAGCCUUCAGAAUUCCUCAAGCAUAUCAAAAAUUUAGCUAAUAAUAAUCCUCUAUUUCCAAAACGUUUCGUCAGAUCUGUAUGGGUCUCAAAACUGGAUCCAUAUAUUCAAAAUGGCUUGCUAAAUGAUCCAAACAUACCAGAAGCAAACUUGGCAAUAAUUGCUGAUAUAAAGUAUGAAGAGGCACAGAAACAACAGCAAAUAGAGGAAUCACAAGAAAAAGACUGCAAAUGCUGUAAGAGAAAAAAUCAGGUGGCAUUGGAGAUUAACUGUGUGAAAUUAUGUGAGGUGUUAGACAAUAUAGAGCUAAAAACAGAGACAAGUGAGACUCGUGACACUUUUACACAAACUGAGCUAUUGUAGGAUAGUUUUUCUCUGACAAAAAUCACAAUUUCUCAACAACACAUAUAUUAAUAAUCGUCUUUUAAUUUGGGCAAAGUUUAUCUAAAGCUAUUUAUUCCAUAUGAUUUAAAAAAUCCCUGAAUAUUUGCUACCUUGACCAUUUUUUAUGCAAAUCUGUAUUGGUCUAUAAUAAGGCUCCUCCACCUUUUAAAUAUGUAGUUAAAACUAAACAAAUUCAGAUCACAUAACAAUUAGCUACUUCAAUGAAUCCAUGCCUAUGUUUCAAAUACUAAAGAUGUUGAACUAAGUUUGCCUAUAGGUAGCAUACCACAAAUAGGUGAAACUCCAGUCCUAGGUAUAUAUGGGGGCUUGUCUAGUCGCUGGUUACGAAUCUGUUAACAACAGUCCAGCUUUUUCAAAACAGUCAUCGAUAUGCAGGACCGGCUUCAGAGUUUUGGGCGCUCUGAAGCAAAAGAUAAAAUACAGUGAGGCACUGCCGGUACCAUAUCCUUGUCAGUCGCCUAGAGUCAAGUAUAGCUGAGUUACUUCAAGAUUUUUUGAAAAUGAAUUGAAAAAAGGAUAAUUGAUAUUCAAGAAACAAAGAAUUAACUAGAAAAACAAGAAAUUGGUUGUCGUACGCCUUCAGAGUUUCUCAGUAUCUCAAAGAUGUAGCUAAUAAAAAUCCUGCAUUUCCAAAACAUUUACUCAGAUCUAUAUGGGUGUCAAGUCUAAAUCCAUAUGUUCAAAAUGGCUUGCUAACUAAUCCGAAUGCACCAGUAGAAAGAUUGGCAACGAUAGCUGAUAUAAAGUUUGUGGAGCAACAGGAAAAAUCUCAAAAGCAAAUAGAGGAAUUACAAGAAAAAAAUUGCAAAUGCUGUAAUACUAGUAGCAAUAAUCAGGUGACAUUGGAGAUCAACUGUGUGAAGUUAUGUGGCAAUAUGGAGUUGACAAAAAAGAGAACUGAAAUUUCACACAAACCACGCUAUAGUAGAAUAGUUUUUCUCUGGCAAAAAUCACAAACAUUGCUCAACAACACAUACAAUAAUAAACACUUUAUUUGGGCAAAGUUUAGCUUAAGCUAUUCCAUAUGAUUCAAUAAAUCCUCUGAAUAUUUGACACCUUGUUUAUUUUAUAACCCUCGCUAAAAGUCCAAUGUAAUCGUUUACAAUAAGGCUCCUCCACCUCAAAUAGUUCAAUCUGGCCAAAUUCAGAUCACAUAAUUCUUAUCUACUUCAAUAAAAAGGCCUUUUUGAUGGAUUGGCAUCAGACGUAAUUUUUUUGCCACAAAAAUCUAUGAGAGCGCGGUUCCAGUCUAACUACAAAAUUCUAGUCUUGCAUGAUAGACC